ACAAAUCAAAUGCUGUGUUGGGCGGAACUGGGACAGCAAACUCUUCCUGGAUUGUGAUGCUGCACAUGAAAGCUACGCAUAACAUAAUCAAAGCCCCUUUUGUGUACAUUUAUAUUUACAUAUAUUUUAUUUUCGGUUAGAAAUGGGGUUGAUGACGAUUUUGAAGAAGAUGAAGCAAAAAGAGCGCGAGGUUAGACUCCUGAUGCUAGGUCUGGACAACGCUGGAAAAACCACCAUUCUGAAGAAAUUUAACGGUGAAGACGUCAGCACCAUCUCCCCCACCCUGGGCUUUAACAUCAAGACUCUGGAGCACAGGGGGUUUAAAUUGAACAUCUGGGAUGUGGGCGGUCAGAAGUCACUGCGCUCCUACUGGAGGAACUAUUUUGAGAGCACGGAUGGGCUGGUGUGGGUGGUGGACAGCGCAGACAGACUCCGACUAGACGAUUGCAAGCAGGAGCUGAGAACCCUCCUGCUGGAGGAGAGGUUAGCAGGAGCCACGUUGCUGGUGUUUACAAAUAAACAAGACUUACCCGGUGCUUUAUCUAAAGAAGCGAUACGAGAGGCACUGGCCCUGGAUGAGAUCAAAACCCACCACUGGUGCGUCAUUGGCUGCAGUGCAAUAACAGGAGAAAACCUUCUGGCUGGGGUGGACUGGCUGGUAGACGACAUCGCUGCACGGAUCUUCACUAAAGACUGAAACCAGAUCAGAGCUGUUUUUAGGAGUUUUUUUGUGCAAUUGUUUAAAUAAAUGUUGCCAUUAAUACUGC